AUGCAGAUACCUACUUUCUUACAUUUUUCUGAAACGCCCACUAAGGCCGAACUAUCAAGGGAUCCUGUAGUUCGUCGAGCAGUUGCUGAUCAAACUACACAGUGGUCUCGAUUAGCUGACAGACAAAGGCGUGAAGAACGAGACCUUAUGCAAACACACGUGGAAGAAAGGCGUACGCAGUUACGAAAACUUUGUACGAUUGCUCAGUUAGCACAGCAAAAGCAAUUAGUAGCACGGCAUGAACGGGAGAUAAAAGAUAUGAAUGCAAGGCAGGCUAGGUUAUCAGUUGAAAGCAUGAGAGAGGUUAUGAAUGAUAAAACUCUUAAAUCCAGGGGCAUCAAAGAAGGAAGACUCCGAGAAAAACAGCAGAAUAACACUAAGAAAUUUAUGGAGGAGCGCAAAAUUGCACAAAUGGUUCAGAACCGAGAAAAAGAGAAACUAAAGGACAUUCAUGAGAAGCAGCUUGACGAGUUGCAAAAAGAAAUGAAUGGGGUACGUUGGCCUUUCAGAUUUUCAGUUUUUGGAAGAAAUAUGUUACUCGAAAAAUGUGUUGAGUUGGAUUGCUGGGAUGGCAAAGGAGAGGAUGAAGAACCAAUAAUUACACAUGGAAAAGCUAUGUGCACAGACAUACUUUUUAAAGAUGUUAUAUAUGCAGUUCGAGAUACUGCAUUCGUAACUUCGGAAUACCCAAUUAUUCUCAGUUUUGAGAACCACUGCAGCAAAGGACAGCAGUACAAGCUAGCGAAAUACUGUGAUGAAAUACUAGGAGACCUUCUACUAAAAGAGCCGCUUAAAGAAUAUCCGCUUGACUCUGGGGUAUCACUUCCGCCACCAAGUAUGUUGAAAAGAAAGAUUCUGAUAAAAAACAAACGACUGAAAACAGAAGUAGAGAAACAAGAACUCGAACUUUUUAAGCAGGGUCAGUUCGUAAUAGAGGACGAGAUUAAAGAAGACGCUAGUGCCCCUCCGUUGGUUUCUGUUGAUCAACAACCGGUAAAGGAGGAGGUUGUCGAUGUUAUUGUUGCUGGACAGUCUCAGCAAUCUAUUCAACCGGGCCCAGGAGGUCUUGGAGAAAGCUUAGAAUUGGCUGUGGCACAACCUUAUACCGGAAGUACUACCAAUGUCCAUCCGUGGUUAUCAUCCAUGGUCAAUUAUGCACAACCAAUUAAAUUUCAAGGAUUUGAUGUUGCUGAGGAAAAAAACAUACAUCAUAAUAUGUCAUCCUUUGCGGAGACCACCGGUUUGAACUACCUAAAAACAUCAGCAAUUGAGUUCGUCAAUUACAACAAACGUCAGAUGAGCCGAAUUUAUCCGAAAGGAACCAGAGCUGACUCGUCAAAUUACAUGCCACAAGUUUUCUGGAACGCUGGAUGUCAAAUGGUAUCACUGAACUUUCAAACAGCGGACUUACCAAUGCAGCUGAAUCAAGGGAAAUUUGAAUACAACGGAUCUUCAGGAUAUCUGCUGAAACCGGAUUUCAUGAGAAGAUCUGAUCGCAGUUUUGACCCCUUCGCAGAAAGUCCAGUAGAUGGAGUUAUUGCUACUCAGUGUAGUGUACAAGUUAUAGCUGGACAGUUUCUCUCGGAUAAGAAAGUGAAUACUUAUGUAGAAGUGGAGAUGUACGGUCUACCGACUGAUACAAUUCGAAAAGAAUUUCGAACCAGAGUCGUGCCAGCAAAUGGACUUAACCCCGUAUACAACGAGGAACCGUUCUUAUUCAGAAAAGUUGUUCUUCCAGACUUAGCUGCACUUAGAUUUGCUGUUUACGACGAAUCAAAUGGAAGACUUCUUGGUCAACGAAUUGUCCCAUUGGAUGGCCUUCAAGCUGGUUAUCGACAUAUUGCUCUUCGAACUGAGGCAAACUUCCCAAUGUCGUUACCAAUGCUUUUCUGUAAUAUCGAAAUAAAAAUCUACGUCCCUGAUGGUUUCCAAGAAUUCAUGGAUGCAUUGACAGCACCAAAAGAUUUUCAGAACACUGAAAGCAUGGCGCAAACAAGAAUGCGGGGACUUGGAAUUGAGGAAAGUGAUCGAUCAGGAAUGGGUGGAGAUGCGAUGCAAGCUCGUCAAAGGGAAGCUGCCAAGCCACGAGAGGAGAUGAAAUUUGAACCAAUCACGGUUGAAGCUCUACGGCAAGAAAAAGGAUACCAGAAAGUGGCAAGGAAACAACAAAAGGAAUUGGAUUCUCUUAAAAAAAGGCAGCAGAAGGAGAAAAUUACUGUUCAAAAACAACAGUGUGCCGCAAUAGAGAAACUCAUUAAAGGAAAAAAGUAA